AUGUCCGAGAUCUUUGGAGAUGUGCGAUUGGAAAUCCGAGAUGGUAUCGGAGUGCUGACACUUUUAGGAACUGAAGGGGUGUGGCCUUGGGGCACCUGCCGCCAAGAACAUCGCUGGAACCCCGAGAUGGUGUCCAACAUUGGCCACGCACUGGACAUCGUCGAAGCUCAUGCGGAGGUGAUGGUGAUGACAAAUGAAGGAAAGUAUUGGUCAAAUGGAAUGGACCUUCGCUACCUGGACAGCUGUUCUGGCAAGGCAUCCCAGCAGCUCCAAAAGGACACCAAUGAGCUCAUGGCCAGGAUAUGCUGCUUUCCGCUGCCAACAGUGGCCGCCUUUCGAGGACACUGGUGUGCCGCCGGUGCUAUGAUGGGUUUGGCCUUCGACUACCGCGUUAUGUCGAGCGAUGUGGGAUUCUUCUUCAUUCCUGGCGUGGACUUGGGAUUAAUUUAUGCUCCAAUGCAGACUGCGUUGAUGAAGGCAAAGUUACCUCAGAGUCUGCACCGCGAUGUCAUUCUUUUCAAUUCCAGGCGCUGGACUGCAAAGGACUUGUUGGCUGCUGGUGCCAUUGAUGCCGCAGAGCCUUUGCAAGCAGUGCUGCACAAGGCCUUGCAAUUGGCCACAGCUUUGCGGUCGAAAGGCCAAGGCCCUCCGCGGAAAGCGCUGCAGGGCUUAAAGCAGGGCCUCUACCACGAGGUGCUUGAGGCCCUCUCGGCCGGGGCGAUGAGCUUUCCUGGGCGCGUGUCGGGUGUGGAGAAGGCAGCGCCCAAGCUUUGA